ACACACCUGCUUCUGACACAGCUGUGAUCGUCAGCAAGCUCCCAGACUUGACACCAUGGUGCAUUUUACUGCUGAGGAGAAGUCUACCAUCCUGAGCCUGUGGGGCAAAGUGAAUGUGGAAGAGGCUGGAGGCGAAGCCCUGGGCAGGCUCCUCGUUGUCUACCCCUGGACCCAGAGAUUCUUUGAUAACUUUGGAAACCUGUCCUCUGCCUCCGCCAUCAUGGGCAACCCCAAGGUCAAGGCCCAUGGCAAGAAGGUGCUGACCUCCUUUGGAGAGGCUGUCAAAAACAUGGACAACCUCAAGGGCGCCUUUGCUAAGCUGAGUGAGCUGCACUGUGACAAACUGCAUGUGGAUCCUGAGAACUUCAAGCUCCUGGGAAACGUAAUGGUGAUUAUUCUGGCUACUCAUUUUGGCAAGGAAUUCACCCCUGAUGUACAGGCUGCCUGGCAGAAGCUAGUGUCUGGCGUUGCCACUGCUCUGGCCCACAAGUACCACUGAGCCCUCUUUCUAGUUUGCCAGUGUCCCUGUGUGUCCCUGACAUCCUCCUUCUGCACAA